AUGGUGCUGCUACUUGCAACAAGCUUGCUGGCAGCCGUUACCGAGCAAGCACCCUCGCCGCCGCCCAUUACCAUUGAUCCACGCUGCCUUGCCGAGUGCGGGAACAAAAGUAUUCCGUACCCCUUUGGCACGGGCACUGGCUGUUUCCUCCCGGGCUUCGAGGUCACCUGCGACCAAACAGUCUUUCCACCUCGCCUAUUUCUGGUGGACCCCAGUGAAGUGUUCCAGUCUAAUUUGUCUGGAAACUACUCCACCCAAGGGGUCAGCCAUACAAGCGUCUGGGACAACAAGCCGGACCGUGGCAAACCAAUGGAGAUUAUGGAUAUCUCAGUUUCUCUGUCUGAAGUGCGGAUAUCUUCUGCGGUCAGCACCGACUGUAGAAAAUACGAUUCCUACCAUUCCUUCAUUCAACAAACAACAACUGUCUCCUAUAAGGGCAGUUUUUUCAUUGCUACUGGCCGAAAUGUCCUCAUCGGCGUCGGCACGAACGUCGAUGCUGAGUUGUACCAGAGUUACCGUGGUUCCGGGGAUACUGUAACCCGCUGCAUAUCCGAGGUCACUGAUUAUUCGGUAAUCUCCACAGGUGGGCCGUGCAACAGUCAUGGCUGCUGCGAGGCCUCCAUUACCAGAGAGGCCUUUAGCAUGACGGCCAUAGCUGAUAAGAAGAGAGACGACUGGCCAUACACCGAUAGCAACUGCUCCGUGGCGAUGAUGGUGGAGAAGGGAUGGUACAAAUACACCCCAGAUGAUGUCUACGGGGACGAGGCCUACAUGUCCAAAAAAUUCCAGGGAGGCGUCCCACAAAUCCUGCACUUCGCCGUCGACAGAAGUCCUUGCCCGUUGGAAGGACAUCUUCCACCCCCGGGCUAUGGGUGUCGCAGCGAAUACAGCUCGUGCGUCCAACCAAUCCAAAGGCCCGGCCAUUUCUGCAAGUGUUCAGAGAACUACGAUGGCAACCCAUACAUCCCUGGUGGAUGCCGAGACAUCGAUGAGUGUGCACUCAGAGAGCAGUAUCCGGACUUGCGAGUUAAGUAUCCAUGCUCGAGUGGCGGGGUGUGCAAAAACAGGGUAGGAGGCUAUGACUGCCCAUGCAAGCCUGGAAUGAAAGGUGACGGCAAAACGGGAACCUGCAUUGAGAAAUUUCCCCGGCCAGCUAAGGUGGCUCUAGGUGUUAUAGGUGGUGUUUCAAUCAUUGUUGUUCUAGUGCUUUUUGUGCUUUUCCUUAGUGAGAGGAAAAGGAUGAGGGAAUUUUUCAUAAGAAAUGGGGGCCCUUUGCUGGAGAAAAUAAACAACAUAAAGAUCUUCAAGGAGGACGAGCUGAAGCGAUGUACAAAAAACUAUAGCACUACUCUUGGAAGUGGUGCCUUUGGUGUGGUAUACAAGGGGAUUCUUGAGGAUGGAAAACAACAUAUUGCUGUGAAGAAGUCCAAAUAUGCUAGUAAAGCACAAAUAGACCAGUUCACCAAUGAAGUCAUUAUCCAGUCAAGAGUCAUCCACAAGAACAUUGUAAGGCUCAUAGGUUGUUGCCUUGAGGUUGAUGUUCCGGUUUUGGUCUAUGAGUUUGUCUCGAAUGGUAACCUUGAAGACAUCCUUCAUGGUAAGAGCAAGGUUUUGCUCACAAUGGAUCAACGUAUAGUCAUUGCUGCAGAAUCAGCGGAAGGUCUUGCUUAUAUGCACUCCAAGACAACCACCAACAUCCAACAUGGCGAUGUGAAGCCUGCAAAUAUACUUUUGGAUGAUAAUUACAUUCCAAAAAUAUCAGACUUCGGAAUAUCAAGGCUAAUUGCAAGAGGUGAUGACAAGCAUAGUGAAGAGGUCAUUGGUGACAACAAUUACAUGGACCCAGUCUAUCGAGAAACUGGCCUGCUGACCAACAAAAGUGAUGUUUAUAGUUUUGGGCUUGUGCUCUAUGAGCUCAUUACUGGAAUCAAAGCAAACUGCUGUGAAGAUGGCAAACUUGUAAAGAAUCACCUGGAGAGUUACACAAAAAACAACACAACAUAUGUAAGGCCUUGCAUACAACUCAAACAGGACAAAGACACCGAGCUUCUGCAAAGUCUUGCUGAGAUUGCCAGUGAGUGCUUAUACCGUGAUGUGGAUCAAAGGCCAGAGAUGACAGAUGUUGCGGAGCGUAUCCAAAGUAUAAGGAAGUGGUAUACCCAGAAGUCGCCAUCUUCGUAG